AUGCACAGAUUUGUGGUUUUUCUUGCAAUGGUCGCUGUUGCGAGUGCAGCGUUGAGCUCCACUGAGACCCUUGAUACAACGGAGACUCACGGCACAACGGAAGCCCACGAGACAAUGGAGACCCACGGGACAAUGGAGGCCCACAGUACAACGGAGGCUGUGGAAAUUGCUAUGGUCAGGAACAUGAGGUGUCAACAGUAUGAGCCAAAGCUGUGUCAAUCCUGUGCGAAGAAGGACGUGAAGGAAUGUGUAAAAUGCAUGAUAGAGGACAACAAGUGUUGCUUGGACCCACACAAGGGCUAUAAGUGGAUGAAAAACCAGGCAGAAGACUACUGUAAAAAGUGGGUAAAGAUACACUAA